UCUUUAGUAGCACUUGGUAUGCAUACAAGAACUCAAAAACAUUUACUUGCUACAAAAUUCAUCAAACACAUUAGUUCCUCCUAAACUAGUUCAAAGAUGGCUUCAGUGCAGAGUGUGAUGGAGCCACGUAAAUUCCCACAGCAUCAAGAUUGGGUUAUACACAUAAUUCGAAGUCUUGAAGAAGAAUUUGAAAGUAACGUUGAUGAAACUAGUGUUGCUGUGAGCAUCUUCAACGUGCCCAAAACCCUAAUUUCCUCCAAACCGGAAGCCUACGUUCCCCACCUCGUCGCCAUCGGUCCUUACCAUCACGGCCGCUUAGAGCUCUUCGAGAUGGAGCGUUACAAGCUCAUAUCCGUGAAAAGAACGCAGAAGAAGCUCCAUAAGGCUCGCGCCAAGUUUCAUGAUUUGGUGAACCAUUUCGCAGAACAAGACACCAUUAUCCGAGCUUGCUAUCACCGGUUCUUGGAUUUUGAUCGUGAAACACUUUCAUGGAUGUUUGCCAUCGAUGCCGCCUUCUUGUUGGAGUAUCUUCAACCUUAUGCACGUAAAAAAGGAGAAGGUCCUCAUUUCACUCGAGUGUCGUCUUUGAUGACUCAUUUGGUCGAUUACACUCGAAGAAAAUCUGCGCACCAUGCAAUACUUAGGGAUGUCAUCAUGUUGGAGAAUCAAAUCCCUCUCUUUUUGAUUAAAGAGGUGCAUAUGUUUUACAAACAUGAAAGUGAGAAGGAUUCUGAUGAAGAGUUCGUGAUGAUGUUGAUGGGGUUUUGCAAAGAUUUAUCUCCAUUAAAAAUCAGGGAUAACAAACGUCUCAGGGAAGAAUAUUUGGGCAAAUCUCAUCUUCUGGAGCUUCUUUACUUCGCGGUUACGCCGGAAAUCGUUCAAACUGGAGCCGGGAUUGAAGAGGUUAGCCACCAGAUUGGAAAGGGUGCAAAUGAUGAACUUCACAAAGAAAUGACCUGCAUAGUCAGAUGUUUUAAAUCAGUUUUUGCCUUUAUAUUUUUCAUUUGUUCAGCCAUUAUUGGCUUUCUCGGACGAAUUUGCAAGUCAAAAGCAUUUGAUGUGUUAUGUUCCUUAUUGAAAAAGUUAUUUCAUGUCAAAACCAACGCCAUUGAAGAAUUCAUGGAAUCAACACAAGAUGCCACCGAAGAAGCCGAAAUUGUUCCCAACGCCAAAAGCCAAACUCCAUUGAUCGAAGAAAUCGAAAUUCCAAGCGUCACAGAACUCUCCAAAAUCGGGGUCAAAUUCUGUCCAUUAAAAGGCGGCUUAGACAGUAUCAAAUUCGACAAAAAUCGUGGCAAAUUCUAUCUUCCAGUCGUGGAUUUGGACGAUAAUUCAGACGUUGUUUUAAGGAAUCUGGUGGCGUACGAGGCCUCCAUGGCACCAGAAACAAUGAUACUUACACGUUACAUUGAGCUGAUGAACGGCCUGGUUGAUACGGUGGAGGAUGUGAAGGGUUUGAGGGAGGCGGGGAUUAUAGUGAAUCGACUGAAGAGUGAUGAACAGGUGGCGAAUCUUUGGAAUGGGAUGACGUUGAGCGUGAAGACGACGAAGGUUCCGGUUCUUGAUAAGGCGAUCGAGAGUGUGAAUAAAUACUAUUCAGGGUUGUGGAAAGUGAAGAUGAAGAUGACGAUGAAGAAAUAUGUGUUUAAUUCAUGGCCAGCGUUUACAUUCCUUGGAGCUAAUCUUCUGAUAUUGCUGUCAGCUGUGGAGGCUUUUUGCUCUGUUUAUACUUGUUCUAAUUGGUUAUCUCAUUUAUGAUUUAUCUUUGUAAUUGCUACAAUUCACAUGUUGCCUUGGCUUAUAAAAAUACAGAUGCUUAUUUGUUUAAUAAUAGGAGAACUCAAUUGACAAUAGGAGACUUGCUAGUUCUCGGGGUUUACCUAUGGCCAUUUUUUAACCUUAACUGGAUUGAACUCCUUUCUUCUUUUGCUUGGAUUGCUUCUCAUGUCCGGGUUUCUUCAAACUUGCAUUUGCUUGGUUACCUCGGUCUCGGUUGGUGGUGUGUUGUGGAGAGUUCUCGGGUUUGACGGUGAUGAUGGAUGGUUGGUCCAUAUUCUAUUGGGUCUUUGGUGUGGAUGUUUGGCUUCCCUCGGCUUUAGGAGAGUUUGUGGUCAAGCGUUGGGUUUGUCUUUUUGGCUUAUUUUCUUUUCUUUUCUUUUCUUUUCUAUACUCUAUUGUAAAUGCAUAUGCCUGUGGUUGUUUGUCUUUUGGUUUGUGCCCCUAACUCAGGGUAUGUCCAGUGGUGGGAUGGUUCUUUUUGGUUUUGGUUGGUCUUCUCUUGGUUCCAAUCCCUUGUUGUCCAACGGAUUGGAAAAAAAGCUAUUGUUUACGCUUAGGUUA